GUGAAACCGAGUAUAAAAGCGAUGCAAAUUACAAGUGCUGGCAUUACCCACCACCCUCUCGUCGUGUUCAGUACAACUAUAAUCCACACACCAAGAUGAAGUACCACAUUUUCCUGGGAUUCAUCGCCGUAGUGGCCGCCUAUCCUGGUAUUAUUCAUGACGAGGCUCCUCAAAUCGAAGCAAAAUAUGACCACCACGCUCUUAUCGGAGAAUCUGGUCACCACCAUCAAGUAGAACAUGAACACGCUAAAUCACACCAGUCGAUCAAGUUUGAGCACUUCCACCCAGUGCCUGUAUACGUGAAGAAAGAACACAGCCAUCUCCUGAAGCACCCGUUGGAGAAGGGCAAGUCUGAGCAGAACCUGAAGCUGAUCCACCCUGAGGCUCAGCACAGUCACGGUGGCGGCCUUGUUUUGGAAGACGACAGACACGACACCGAACAUCACAUCGCCGGACUCGAGCACGGAGGUCUUGAACACGGUGGUCUUGAGCACGGAGGUUUCGAGCACGGAGGUUUUGAGCACGGAGGCUACGAACACCAUGUCGCCGGCGGUUUAGAAGGUUACGAGGGUGGUGAGGGUCUCAAGGGGUACGCUGAACUCCACCAGCCUGAAGCCCACGGUCACUACUACGAGCAUGCUCAGGGACUCUCUGGCGACAGCGGCGAAGGUUACAAAUACGAAAGCUAUUAAUUGCAUUUAGUUUAACUUCUGACACGGGCAUAAAAGCGUGGAACAAAUUCCACUGUCUAAAAUAACUUUUAGGUCUAUUUCUUGCCUGUCGAUAUUAGAUUAUAAUGUAAAUCGUAGCGCGGCUGCUGAUCUACAUUCAGCUUAAGCUGCGUUACAGAUUGAGGCUUCGUAUUGUGAAUUUAAAUGUACCUGAUUUAGAUUUAAUUCCAAAAGAAAGAUUUAGGCAGUCCGUGAAUUCUUGUCGUGAAAAUGUUUGUUUGACAUGUAACUUAAAAUUAAUCUAAAUAUGUUGAAAUUGUAUCUAUUGUGAAAGUAUGCAUCUUAAUAUAAAACAAUCGGGAUGUUUGUGAAGUUGUACGUCUGUUUCGUUGUGUGUUUGUUUUCUAAAAUUGUUUUCUCGCUUUGAUCCUCGUUAUUAGUAAUUAUUAUUACGUAAGGCAAUCGCUGAUCGAGUCCCAGUGAAAUUGUGAUAUUAAUAAAUGUUGGUUUUUUGUCAUAA